AUGCCCCUGAGAGGGUCCCUCAGGGCGAACCUGCCCAUGGAAGGGUUCCUGGGGGCGAACCCGCUCCUGGGAAGGUCCCUUGGGGCGAGGCUGCCCCUACGAGGGUCCCUGGAGGCGCUUCUGCCCUUGGGAGGGUGCCUACGAGAGUCCCUGGAAUCCCCGCCGUCCCUGAAGGUCGUUGGAGACGUAAAUGCCUCUGAGAAGGUCUCUAAGGUCGAACCUGCCCAUGAGAGGGUCCCUAAGGGCGACCCUGCUCAUGGAAGAGUUCCUGGCGGCAACCCCGCCCCUGGGAGGGUCCCUUGGGGAGAGGCUGCCCCUAGGAGGUUCCCUGGGGGCGCUUCAGCCCUUCAGAGGGUCCCUGUGAGUGUCCCUGGGGGCCCCGCCGUCCCUGUGAGGGUCCAUGGAAGCCCCGCCGUCCCUGUAAUGGUCCCUGGGGGCGCCACCACCCCUGGGAGGGUUCCUGGGGGUGCUGCCUCUGAUGGAGGGCUCCGUGGAGGCGCCGUUGCCCCUGGGGGCACUGCCACCCAUGGAUGGUCCCUGGGGACUCUGCUGCCUCUGAGAGGAUCCCUAGGAGUGACAGACCAACCACGCAUGCCAUAUCGUCCUUGGGGGCCCUUGGAAAGGUCCCUGGUGGAGGUGUCGCCCUUGGGAGGGUCCCUGGAGGCGCAGAUGCCCCCGGGAGAAUCCCUAGGGGCGCAGACACCCGUGGGAGGGUCCAAUAAAAUCCUCAGCCCCUGGGAGAAUCCCUUAAAGCACCACUUUCCCUGGGACGAUCCCUAG